AUGCUGGUGGAGCUGAACCGAGACCGUGCUUCCGAACGGAGCCUUCGUGGGAAGCGAGGAGCUGUCUCCGGGCAAGAGCGGGCACAACGCUGCUCCUUCGCCCGAGGUGGGGAUGGGCAUGCCCGGCCCUGGCCUAGGCCAGCCCUGCUCUGCCCAGACCCCUCGGAUUCCCCGAAGCACCGGCUCACGCUGCCAGUGCGCGAGGGCCGUGCGGCAGUGCGAGGUGUUAUCAUAGGGCCUUUUAGACGUGAACCACUGGCUCUUAUCAACCUCAAAAAGAAAAAUGAAGAAACUGGGGAAGAAGAACUUGCCAAACGCUUAGAUCACUGCAAAGCAAAAGCCACCAGGCACAUAUUCCUUAUCCGUCAUUCUCAAUACAACUUGGAUGGCCGGGCGGAUAAAGACAGAACUCUGACCCCACUUGGUCGAGAGCAGGCUGAACUGACUGGACAGAGGCUGGCAAGCUUGGGAUUAAAAUUUGAUCAGAUAAUCCACUCCUCUAUGACUAGAGCAACUGAAACCACUGAAAUUAUAAGCAAGCAUCUCCCAGGAGUCAAAAAAAUUAGUACUGAUCUACUGAGAGAGGGAGCACCUAUAGAACCAGACCCGCCAGUCUCUCACUGGAAACCAGAAGCUGUGCAGUAUUAUGAAGAUGGAGCUCGAAUUGAGGCUGCUUUUCGAAACUUCAUUCAUAGAGCUGAUGCAAAGCAGGAAGAAGACAGCUACGAGAUCUUUGUCUGCCACGCCAACGUGAUCCGCUACAUUGUGUGCAGAGCUUUGCAGUUUCCCCCAGAAGGCUGGCUGCGAAUGUCUCUUAACAAUGGCAGUAUAACUCACUUGGUGAUACGUCCGAAUGGAAGAGUGGCACUUCGAACACUGGGUGACACAGGUUUCAUGCCUCCGGAUAAAAUCACGCGCACCUGAGUGAGCAAAACUGAUGGCUGGCCCGGAGCUGCCUCUAGUCUCUUUGCACUAGUACAUUCAGCUACAGUACCACUAGAUUUUUUUUUUUUAAAUCUGUUCUGUUGGGGUGUGACGCUGUCUUAAAAAUGUCCUUUAGCCCCUUGCCUCCAUCAUACAUAUUCAUAUCUGCCUUUCAGU